AUGUUCGAAUACUUUUGCCAGUUGUUCCAUAAAUAUGAUUAGGGAAUGGAAUCUGCAAUUAAAUAGUUCAAUAUUAAAAAAAAACAUUUGGGAAACAAUUAGUGUGAAUAUGAAGAUUUUAAUGAAGCAUUAAAAUAUUGUGAUAUCCUUUUAACUUCCAGACAGAGAUUGUAUUUGGAAUUAGAAAUAUUUUCCGAUUCUUAAUAAUUACAGCGGUUUAAUUUUUAGACUCUAUUUUCAAAGUUUAAAUUAAAGGUUUCUGAUUUAGAUAAUAGUAUUAAUUGA